ACUCCUCGGGAUGCAGAGGCUGAAGCUUCAGCUGCUGACGUGGGAUGUGAAGGACACGCUCCUUCGCCUCCGCGUCUCGGUGGGGCAGAGCUACGCGGGUCACGCCCAGGCCUACGGCCUCCAGGUCUCGGCCGAAACCGUGGACCGCGCUUUCCGCAAAGCCUACGGGGCUCAAAGCCAGCAUUUUCCAAACUACGGGCUGAAGAGCGGCCUCACCUCCCAGCGGUGGUGGAUGGAGGUGGUCUCGGAAACCUUCCGGCUUUCGGGCCUCCAGGAUGAAGUUCUCCUCCGGCCGUUGGUGGAGAAGCUGUACUGGGAUUACAGCACUGGCCACAACUGGGAGCUGCUCCCGGGGGCCCGGGAGACGCUGGAGGGGUGCCGAGCCCUGGGCAUCCCCAUGGGGGUGGUCUCCAACUUUGACCGCAGGCUGCCGGACCUCCUUUCUCAGUGCGACCUCCGAGAGCACUUCCAGUUCAUCUUGACCUCGGAGGAGGCUGGCUUCGCCAAGCCCGACCGGCGCAUCUUUCUGGAGGCCCUCCGGAUCGCCGGGGUGGCCCCCAACCUCGCAGCCCACGUGGGGGACGAUUACGAGAACGACUAUGUGGCUUCCAGGGCCGUGGGGAUGCACGGAAUCCUCUUGAAGGCCCCUGAGCAGCCGGGCAAGGGGGAGGCCGAGGUGCCACGCGCCCACCUCCUGCCAUCGCUCCCACAUCUGCUGUCUCUUGUAGAGCAAGGCUAAGAGGAGCACGGCGCAUGUGCGCCCAUGUGUGUGUUUGUGAGUUCUGAAUCCUGAAUCCAAAGUUUGUUCUAGUCUAGCCAAAUCCAGGCUGUCCACAUGGGGAACCUCAUUUUUGGGGGGGUCUGGCGUGGGGCCCACAAAUCAAAGCCAAUUCCUCCCGGGAAGUUUUUCCCUCCCCUGUUUUUCUUGGAAAUUAAAAAAACAACGACCCUUCCUGGUUAAUGCACAAACUCAUUCAUGGUCGCGAUGGUGACCGUUCGGACCAUCGUCCGGCGAAGCCGCCACUCACAUAGCGUUAUGACCUGAGAGGGGACGAAAAGGGGGAAUUCGGCACUGCUUUCCUUCUUGGCGCGAAGACACAAUGGCACUGACAAGGUCAGGGAACCAGAUGGAUCACCCCAAUGGCAAAAUGGGGGGGCUUCUCUGCCCCACCCCAGGCACCUCCCUUUCUGCCACGUUCGUGGCCAGUUUGAAACGUGGGGACGAUUUCACCGAACUGGCAAAACCCUCCUCUUCUGGACUGCCUUUGCAGGUGGACAGAUAAUGUGCUUUGGGGAGAAAAUAAAAAUAAAAC